UUCUCUCUUCUAACUUCUAACCUGUUUUACAAUAAUGGCGUAGACCAUGUGCUCAUUUGUGGAAUGAAGAAUGGCUCUUUCUUUCAAGUUUUCAAAUAUACUAGGUACUGUUUAUCGACAAGGAAACGUAGUGUUUACUGCGGAUGGUGAUUGUGUUGUGAGUCCAGUUGGUAACAGAGCAUCUGUUUUUGACCUUAAAAAUAACAAGUCAUGGACCCUACCUUUUGGAAAUCAUAAGAACAUAUCAAGAAUUUGUUUGUCUCCAGAUGGCAGGAUAAUCAUUACCGUUGAUGAUGAUGGAAGGUGCCUCUUAGCUUAUUUGAAAACAAAGACUAUUCUUCAUCAUUUCAACUUCAAAAAGCCUGUUUUUGACAUAAAGUUCAGUCCAUGUGGCAAGUUUAUAGCUGUUACUCAUGGAAAGCAAAUCAAGGUCUGGCAUGCUCCUGACUAUAGUAAAGAGUUUGCACCCUUCACUGUUCAUAGAACUUACACAGGCCUCUUUGAUGACACUGUCUGUAUAGACUGGUCUGCAGACUCCAGAUUUUUUGUUGUGGGCAGCAGAGACAUGACAGGACGUAUCUUUUCACUUUUCCCUGUGGUGAAUUUUUCUCCAGUCACCCUGUCUGGCCACCGAAACACUGUAAGAGGCUGUUUCUUUGAAGAAAACUCACUGGAUACAUAUACUGUAAGUUGUGAUGGUGCACUGUUUUGUUGGAAGUGUAGUUUACCCCUUGAGGCUGUGCAAAGUGCUGAUGUAGUAGUUCCUGGACAAGAGAAUAAAACUUCAAUUGGUUGGAAAAAGCAUUCCAAGCACUACUACAACCAAGAUGGCUCUGCUGAACUAACCACCACUGCUUUCCACAAAUCAUCUCACCUUCUGAUUGCCGGAUUUUCAACUGGUCUGUUCUCACUGCAUGAAGUACCAGAUUUUAUUCUUAUUCACACUUUAAGUAUAUCACAGCAGAGUAUCAGGACAGUGGCCGUUAAUCCAAGUGGAGAGUGGCUGUCAUUUGGAUGUAGUAACACAGGACAGUUGUUGGUGUGGGAAUGGCAAAGUGAGACAUACAUUCUCAAACAGCAAGGACACUACUAUAAUAUGAAUACUCUAUGUUACUCUCAAGAUGGACACUAUAUUGCAACUGGUGGUGAUGAUGGCAAGGUUAAAUUGUGGAACAUGAUGUCAGGCUUCUGUUUUGUGACAUUUAAUGAACAUAGCUGUGCUGUUACAGGGGUUGUAUUUACACCAAAUAGUCAAGUUGUGUUAAGCUGUUCUUUGGAUGGCACUGUUAGAGCAUUUGAUCUCAACAGGUACAGAAAUUUCCGCACCUUUACGUCACCCCAAGCAGUCCAGUUCUCAUGUCUGAGUGUGGACAAUAGUGGAGAAGUGCUUUGCGCUGGUUCACUGGAUACAUUUGAGAUCUUUGUAUGGUGUAUGAAAACUGGACGGCUUAUUGAGGUACUUUCCGGCCAUGAGGGACCUAUUUCAGAGCUGGUGUUCAGUCCAUCUCAACCACUUUUGACAUCAGGAUCCUGGGACAAAACUGUCAGGCUGUGGAACAUGUAUGAUAGCAAAGUGUCAUGGGAAACCCUUAAUUUGGGAUCUGACGUUUUGACAGUGUCUGUGCGUCCUGAUGGUGCACAGGUAGCCGUGGCAUCACUGGAUUGCCAGAUCACCUUCUUUGACCUAAGAACGGGCAUUCAGAGUGGAUCAGUGGAAGGACGUAGGGACCUUGCCCCUGUGAGGAGGACUUCAGAUAAGAUUACAGCUCAGACCAUGAGCUUUGCAAAAUGUUUUACCAGCCUCUGUUACACUGCUGAUGGAAAGUGCAUCUUGGCAGGAGGCAGAUCUAAGUUUGUUUGUAUAUAUCAUGUUGAUCAACAGAUGCUGUUAAAACGAUUUGAAAUUUCUACCAACCUUUCUUUAGAUGGCAUGAAGGAAUUUCUUCACAGUAGCAACAUGACAGAAGCUGGGCCAAAAGACCUUAUUGAUGAUAAUGAUGAUGCAAAUAAUGAUGAUCAAUCUAUUUCUUUACCUGGUGUGUUAAAAGAAAUUGUCAGGUUGAUUGGGAAGUUGCGGAUAGAUCUUUUGUGUUGAAACAAUUCUGGGGCAGUUGGCAACACAUUCGCUGAGGACAUUAAGUUGUAUGUAUCAGUUUUUUUUAUUUUUUUCUAAUUCAAAUUCAAGUGACAAGUCAUUGAAAUCAAAAACUUCACCUUCAUUGUCUCUCACAGAAAUUGUAAAGCUAUUUAUGAAGUUUCCGGUCGAACAUUCACGCAGAAUAUUUUGUGGAGGCAGUAUAUAGUUAACUUUUUUUAAGGCGGACCUUUCAUGUCUAAUUUAGCCAAAACACCAGAUCUCUUC